AGAGAUGGAGGAGUCCAGCUCCCCUCCGGGUGGGUCGGGGCGCCUCGCCCGCUCCAGCACGAGGGGCUGCACCCUGUGACGAGCCCGGGCGCUGGGAGGCAGCGCGGCGGGGCGGGGUGACGGCCGCGGCUCUAAUAAGGCCGGGGCUGGCUCUGGCCGAGGGCUGUUUGCCCCCGCCCGCCCCCGAGCAUGCAGUGCUUCCCCGGGCUGGUGCUGGCGCUGAGCUCGCUGCUGGGCGCCCUGGCUCUGCUGCAGCUCUCGCUGCACCUGCGGGUGCCGUCCCGCUACGGGAAGCACGAGGAGCGGCUGUGCCGGCCGCGGGGCCGGCUGCCGGCGCGCUGCGCCUGGUUCCUGCAGGAGCUGCCCUCCUUCCUGGUGCCCGCGCUGCUGCUGGCGCUGCGCAGCCCGCCCCGCCUCGAGCCGCUCGGCUGCCGCCUCCUCUGCUGCCUCUUCUGCUGGCACUACUUCUACAGGACAUUUAUUUACCCUUUCUUCACUAGAGGCAGACCUUUCCCACUGCAAUUGCUUUUCUUUGGCAUGUUAUUCUGUAUCUAUAAUGGCUUCCUCCAGGGGUACUACCUGAUUUACUGCGCUGAAUAUCCAAACGAUUGGUGCACCGACAUCAGAUUUACAUCAGGCCUCCUUUUAUUUCUGCUGGGAAUGGGAAUCAACAUUCACAGUGAUCUCCUGCUGCGCCAGCUGAGGAAACCUGGGGAAGUCACUUACAAGAUUCCUCAAGGAGGACUGUUCACCUACGUUUCUGGAGCCAACUACUUUGGAGAAAUUGUAGAAUGGUUUGGUUUUGCCAUUGCAACCUGGUCCCUACCAGCCUUCGCCUUUGCCUUUUUCACUCUUUGCUGCAUUGGUCCACGUGCUUAUCACCAUCACAGGUACUAUCUCAAGACAUUUACGGACUAUCCAAAAUCAAGGAAAGCCUUGAUUCCUUUUGUUUUUUAA